UUCCCGGUACUUCUUCUUCCCUCUACAACCACUCCCCACAACAACAAAAGCCAACAUGGCUGCUCUCAAGCUUGCUGUUGCCGUAGCCCUCUUCGUGGUAGUUGCUGCCAUGCCCAGUGAUCCCUACGGCAAGGAACCAGGGAUGCCCUACGACUUCGCCUACGCCGUGAAAGACGAUUACACCGGCAACGACUUCGGCCACAGCGAAAGCUCCGACGGGAACGUCGUCAAGGGCGAGUACUUCGUCCUCCUCCCCGACGGCCGACGACAGAUCGUCACCUACACCGCUGACCACGAAUCUGGCUACGUCGCCGAUGUCAAAUACGAAGGUGAGGCCCAAUACCCAUCACCAGCCCCUGCUUACGGACAAUAAAUGAAAAGUCUCACCCUUUUACGAAGCCACUCGAAUCGAACAUACUAGCUGAACCAGGGGUUGGUUGAUAUUAGGCGACGUUCUCAAACACUUCUGUGAAAAGGCACUUGGACAUCAGGAGCAUCGAAAUCUACUGGUAAAACUUACGACAGCAACAUUUUCUCCUUUUUUUUCGGUAUAACUCGGCCUACUUUUGAUUGUGAAAAAGUGUCGUGCAAAAUUGACUUUUCCAUGGGCGCCUUGAGUCAUUUCAGACUUUUCUACAUCUGGCAUUAUAAAUAGAUGAGUGUACAUUGCAGCACUCGUGGGAGUGAAUCCUCGCCCCCUCUUUUCUUCAGUCAACUUUCUGUAUUUAUUACGAAAUGAAAAAGAAUCAUAAAAAUACAUUACAAGGAAAAAAUUGACGAUAUGUUUUGGGAUUUUUGAUAACUUGCUUCCUCCUGAGGAUUAUUGUGCUUGCUGGUUAAAAAACAAUAUAUUGUGCCAUUUUAUUUUUAACAGGAUUUCUCUCAGUUAGCUUCAUCUGCUCACUUAGAAUACUCACUGGAACUUUUGGAUUUCCUUUAAGGUUAUAUUCUCCAUUUCAACAAUGAAUGCUCCUAUAUAAAUCUGUUAUUUUCUGUCGACGAAAUUCUGGUCAGCCGAGAAAGCUAUCCAGAUAGUCUUUUAACAUUAUUCAUACUUCUCUCUCACGCUUUAUAUUGACUAUAGUUCUGCCUUUGUGCAGGAUUUUGUUCGUAAGUUUUUUUUUUUGUUUUAUUCAUGUUAUCCUUAAAGAUGAAGCUUCUGUUAGGAGUGAGUAGAGUCAUUUAGAAAAUUUCAGCGACAUCUGUUGCAUGUUUAGGUCACAAAUUAAGUUAGGUAGCUUGCACAAUUCCUUAUUUCCCCCGUUGGCAUUCUGAUUCUAUGUUUGUGUCUCCAGUCGUCUCUGUUUGUGUUCGACUUCUAGAAAGUAAUUCUUUGUCAUUUGUUCUCUGUUCAUUUUGGUAAUAUUUCAUGCAUCAUGCUGUUUUUCUCAUCAUGUCCUUAUCUUUAAUUUAUGUGAAUUGUAAUACAUACUCUCGUUUGUCUAUCGUCGUCUUGUCACACUUUCUUUUCAUCAGAACUUCAGUUUCGGAGAGACUAUGGGUUUCAUAGUCAUCUUCUCACACUCUCAAAUCAAUGACCACUUCCCGAUUGUCUUUCAGUAUCUCUUCAUCGUCAAAAAGCAUCUACAUUAUUAAUAAAAUAUUUGUAAACAAA